AGUACUGCAUUAUGAUGAUAUUAUUAAGAGUACCUAUAUUAUGUUAUUUGUUCAUUGUUGGCCGUUCAUAGCCGGCAAUAAUUAAUAUUUUAUUAAUGGAUUAGCUACUUAUUCUUAAUGUACUUUGUACACAAAAUACUUGACCGAGUUGACUGGUUAGUGGCUAGGGGCUUCGUGAGUCGGCACUCGAGAGUUAAUCGGUGUCGAUAAAAAUUGCUUUCAAUUAUCUGUAAUUUAUAUUAAAUUAUUUAUCAAGACUAAUUAUGAUAUUCGACAUUUCCAUUGGAUAUUAUCUCACUGUAGAGCCACUCUCACAUUUCAUAAUAUAAUUUAUAUAAAACUUUGAUUUUUUUAUAUUAAAAUAUUACGUUGAACGAUAAACGGAUGAUAAUUUAAAUUGUUUAUUUCUUAACGUGUGAAUACAUAGGCAAGCAAUUAUUACAUAAAAAUAACUUUGUUAUUAGUUAGUUAUUAGUUAUUACUUACAUAUUUGUUGUAAUUAAUAAAGAGUUGCCUACACUACACGACAUUUAUUUCAUUAAAUAUGUGCUCACUUUAACUUUUCUUCUAUUAAUUUAAUGCAUUAAAUGUUUGAUUAUAAUACUGUUAACACUUUAACUAACUGUGUCAUUGUGUAAUAAACAUUAUUAUAUAUUGUGUAUAUAUAAUUAUAUUAACAUAUAUGUGAGAGUUAAAAAUCUAUUAUUGACUGAAUUAACUCAAACUACCUUUAAUAUAAUUGAGUUUUAUUUGUAUUUGCAUUUUAUUCAAUUACAUUUAUAACAUUCAUAAUUAUGGAUCCAAAAAAACCAACUAUAAAAGUGGGAAUAUUAACAAUUAGUGAUACUAGAACACCAUCAAAAUCUAACAUUGAUUCUUUCGACUCCAGUGGUCAAGAUUUAAUUAAAUUGAUCAAUGAUUCGAAUGUGAUUGAAUCGGCUAAAGUUGUAAAGUAUGAUUGUGUCACUGAUGAUUUUGAUCAAAUUCAGGCGAAAAUGACCGAAUGGUGUUCUGAAAGAAAAGUGGAUGUUUUGCUGAGUACAGGUGGUACAGGUUUCAGUGAAAGGGAUGUAACUCCUGAAGCAACUCUUGGACUUGUUCAAAAACUGACACCUGGUAUAAGCCAAGCAAUAAUGAACGAGAGUUUAAAAAUCACUCCAAUGGCAAUGCUUUCACGAGCAGUGUCUGGAAUAUAUGAAAAAACUCUGAUUAUUAAUUUACCAGGAAGCAGUAAAGCAAGUAAAGAGUGUUUAGGUGUGGUUGCCAGUGCCAUACCACAUGCUGUGUCAUUAAUUAAAGAUGAAAAAGAAAUUUCAAAACAAUUUCAUGAACAAUUGAAUUUCACAUCUAAUAACAAAUUAAGAAUUCCGGAUUGUGUGACAAAAAUUGCAUGUCGACACAGAGAAUCACAAUUUCCAAAGAUUUCCAUGAAAUCAGCUUUAACCAUUUUAAAAGAACAUGCUGUCAUACAAUAUACGGAAAAUAAUAAAAUUAAGUACCCUACUGUUUGGAUUUUUUCUACUGGUGAUGAACUUGAAAGCAAUAAAGAUUCACAUGGUGGUUAUAUCAGAGACACUAAUUCUGUUAUGAUAAAACAAAUAUUGGAACAAGACAACUUUAAGGGACAGAUAUUCAAUUAUGGAAUUAUAAGAGACAAUUGGAAUGAUCUUUGCAAACAUUUUGAAGAAGCAUUUAAUAACGCAGAUGUAUUAGUGACCAGUGGAGGAGUAUCGAUGGGCGAAAAAGAUUUGAUCAAACAUGUGCUCAAAGAUCACUUUAAAAGCCAAAUUCAUUUUGGAAGAGUUAAUAUGAAACCUGGAAUGCCAACUACCUUUGUGACACUUAUGUUUAAAGACAAAAAGAAAUAUAUAUUUUGUUUGCCUGGUAAUCCUGUGUCUGCUGGUGUAUGUACACAUUUAUUCUUAUUACCAUAUUUGAGAUCAGUAUCUGGAAAAGAAUUAAUUGUCCAUUCCUUAAAAGCAAAGUUAACACAUACUAUCAAAGGAUUGGAUAUUAGACCAGAAUAUCGAAGAGCAUUGCUUAAGUAUGAAAACGGAGAACUAUACGUGUCUUGUUUAACCAACUAUCAACAAAGUAGCAGACUUUUGAGUUUUAUCGACUCUAACUGUUUGCUCCAAUUGCCUUCGUCGUCAAAAACAGCAACUGUUGAAUCAAAUACAAUUAUGGAUGUUAUAUUAAUUAAAAGUAUAGAAAAUACAUAUAUUGCACCUAUAUUACAAGAAAUGAACUUAUGUAUUGAGAUAAUCAAGAAACAAGUCAUUUCAGGCAACACAAAAAAUGAAAAACCACUUCUCUAUUCAUGUAUAGAAGAUGUACUGCAUUUGAUGACAGAAAAUAUAUUUGUUGCUAAAACUGAAAUUAUACCAAAUGAUUUUGCUAUGGGUUAUGUUUUAUAUUCACCCAUUAAUUCUUCUGAAAAUUUACCACCGUUUCAAGCCUCUGUAAAAGAUGGGUAUGCUAUUAAGUAUGAAGAUUAUUGGCUUCAAAAGUCUAAUUUAUUUAAUGUUGUACAAGUGUCUGUGGCUGGUACUGUUCCCGGUUGUCAAAAACAGAUAGGACUAGGAGAAUGUGCACGUAUUAGUACUGGUGCACCUAUACCACCAAGAGCCAAUUGUGUAGUACAAGUUGAAGAUACAUCUGUUGAAACUAAGUCAUCUGAUGGAAAAGUUGAAAUUACUAUUGCUAUAUUAAAAGAACCUAAACUCUUUGAAAAUAUUAGAAAUAUUGGUUCUGACAUUUCUGUAGGACAACGUCUUCUAGAUCAAAAAACUGUUCUUGGUCCCUUUGAAAUAGCUUUGCUACGUUCUGUGGGUUGUGAAAAUGUGGAGGUGUACAAAUGUCCAUCAAUACACAUUGUUGCAUGUAAUGAUAAUUCGGCUUAUGCAAUAUCUCAUAAAUUAAAAAAUAUGUUGAAAGUGCCUGACUUUAAAGGAAAUAUAUUUAGCCAAUCAUUAUGUAAAAACUUAACCAAAUCUCCUGGACAAUUUGAUUUUGUAUUUGAUUAUGAUAAUCCUAUUAUUAUAUUUUGUGGAAAUGUUAAUGAAUUUUGUUAUGAUAAUGUUGAAUCACAUAUUCAUAUUAGUAACGAUACACGCAAGAUUUCACUUGGAUUUGGCAGAAUGUUGAUAGGAACUGACGAGAAAUCAGUAGUAUUUUUACACAUUAAUACAUGUGACUCAGAGUCUAUCUAUAACUGUGUACAUUUAUUUAUAUUGCCUUUUUUGAGAUACAUUACUGGCAGAAAAAAAAUUAUUUCUUCAAUAAAAACAAAAUGUACUAUGUCUUCAGAUUGCUUACCUACAGACAAAUUUGAAAAAGCCGAACUUCAUUACGAAGAUGGUGAAUUUAAGGUUACUUGUUUCACAAUGAACCAUCAAAGUUGUCUUGUAAAUAUGCCAUCUUCGUCAGAUGAAAUUAAUAUUAAGUUGAAAGGGGGGGAAAAAACUGAAUUAGAUGCUAUCAUCACUGAAAAUUCAAAUUCUUAUUUUAUUCAUUACUAAUUUUUUCUUUAAAAUGUUAUCACUUAAAAUAUAUAUUCUACUUGAUUACAAUAGUUUUA